AUGACCAAGAGAAGCGAGAGUAUAGAGAACUUGUUCCGGAAGCUGACUGUAUCUAAGCAAGAGCCGUCGCCGUCGGAGUCCACGACAACACCACGUGAACAUCCACCGUACCUCUUCCUCCUCCAACAUUCGAAUGCAGCUCAUCUUCGACACGCCGCAGCUCAAGGCACGUUGGAAGAUACACUGUAUCACCGAGCUGGACUGCGAACACCAGCCGAAAAUGCUACUCGUGAUUGUCAGGCCGGGACGCUCUGGAUGCGUCACGUCGGAACGACAUUACAAAAAACUGUCCCGCGUCUUAUAUGGGUACAGACGACCAGUAUCAGUGGUAGCCAAGACAAGAGAAACGAGCGUGCUUCUAGGAUCACUCCAAAUCAAACUACUGUCAUUGAUCUUUCGGUCGAUCCAUGGGGUUGGAACGAUUCCGACGCUCUCAAUUUAAAUUGUUUAGAGACACUACUGCGUGUUUUGAAAGAAAAAGUAGCCGCGCAGAAAGACACAAACUCCUCUGUGUUAGGAACAAUCGAUGAUUACAGCAAUUAUUGCGUUCCUAUCAUGUUCGAUUCAAUUUCUCCUCUUCUUGUACGGCACGGCUUUGAUCGCAUAUUGAACUUUCUCACGUUGGUGUCGCGGAUCCCAACCGUGUGCCCAUUGGUGGUACCGAUUCGGACGGAUAGCUUGACAUCAGCGCAACACUGUCGGUUGGAAGAUGCCUCGCAUGCAGUUUUGUGGCUGACUGGUGGUGAGGCUGUGCUUCUCCGUCAAGGGGUGCGGGAACGGGGGAACGUACUACGUGAGGCCUUGUCCUACCAAAUUGUAACUGAUCGCCGUAACGGCCUGCAAACCAUCCGUGUUCUGGAGCACGAAGAAGCGAGCUUACCACGGACGGAUGGUGACGAUGACGUCGAAAAUAAUGUCAAUGCGGGUCGUGGGCCAGUGAAGGGAUCGUCGCGGUCAAGUGAGCGGCCAAAGAUAAAGCUUCAAUUGGAAGACGACGACGCAAUUAGUGCGAAAGAAACGCCAUCGAUUACCAAUACAACAUCUCAACGAGCACGUGCCCCUCAAAUUAUCGUGCAAGACGAUGACCCCGAAUUUGACGAUUACGACGAAGAAGAUCCCGACGACGAUUUAGACAUAUAG